CCCAUGGUGUCUGCUGCGGCUGUGCUUGGGGAUGGAGUGACAGGGAUGCUCCUGGUGCUGCUCUGCGCCUCCCACGCGUCUGCCAGUUGUGGCAUCCAGAAAGUCAACGUUGUAGAAGAUUCUGAGGAGGGUUUGGUCAGCGAAAAGGAGUUCCCUUGGGUGGUGUCCCUGCAGAAUUCCCACCACACCCACCUGGCUUUCGGCAGCAUCCUCAGCGCAUUCUGGAUCCUCAGCAUUGCGUCCGCCUUUCAGAACAGGAAGGACGCUGUGGCCAUAGUUGGUAUAGCGAGGAUGAAUGCCAGAGUGAUUUCUCACCAAGAGUACCCAAUCAAUACCAUCAUCAUCCACGAGGACUUUGAUAACAAAACAAUGGUUAAUAACGUAGCCCUUCUGAAGACAGACACGGCGAUGCAGUUCAACAGCCUGGUCCGGCCCGUCUGUUUCCUCAGCAGAAAGCUGCAUAAGCAACUAGCCUUGCGGAACUGCUGGGUGGCAGGAUGGAAUCCCACGUUUGCAACAGGAAAUCGCAUGACGAUGAGUAUCCUGAGAAAAAUCUCCGUGAAAGACAUGGACCUGUGUCCCUCAAACAAAUUGCUGAAAAGAGGAUGUGGCAACCACGUAGAGGAGGAGACCCAUACUGUCUGCUUGGGGGACCCAGGAAACCCACUAAUGUGCCAGCUACAGGGAUCGGAUCUGUGGGUGCUGAGAGGACUCCUGUCCCAGGGUGGUGAGAAGUGCCCUGGUCUAUUUCUAUACAUCAAAGUGGAAGACUACAGCAAGUGGAUCACCUCUAAAACCAAUAUGAACAGCCUUCUCCUGUCUGCCUUCUACCACCGGGAGAAUUCCGUUACUUCCUAUAGCCCCUCAACACCUACUACUGCUGUGACACAGGAACAAUAUUCUACGCUGAGUCAGGUUUCAUGGACCGAAACACAAUCGCAAACACAAUUGCAAACGCAAACAGAGGUCACCAUCUUCAUGGCCGGAACUCCAUGGCUGGAAAAUAGCUCUGAAGAGAGUAUAGAAUCCAGGGGAAAGGGUAUAACAGAGUUAGGCAGUAUUUCCGAGUCGUCUGUACAAUCCACGCACUACAGCUAUUACGAUGACCAUGUUGGGGAGGGUGAGUCUGUUUCACAUCAGAAUGGGUUACAUCAGCCCCAAGCAAUGAUCUUGGUUUCUUCUGUGCUUGUUUCUUUUGUAAUGGUAGACAGGAGCUAG